UAAAUGAAUGACAGUGACAGAUGAAAAAGAGAUUGUUUGUGUCGUGCCGUGCUCUUUACUUAUCUUUAAAAAAAACUAUAAUUUAAUCAAUGAUUAAUCAAACAACUGGGCCUCAAACAAAAUAUGAAUUAUUAGCUGACAUACAAAAACCUCGUUGGAGAAAACAGGUCGUUUGUCUCGUCCUAACCUUUUUAACGGUUGGAGCGUUAUUCAUAACUCGUGCUUGGGUCGGAAUUUCGACCGCAAGAUAUACCAGGGACCGGGUAUUUUUUGUGGGAGAAAAAAUAGAAAAUGCCCAGAUUACUGCGUGGUUACAACGGGCUCGGAUGUAUGCCCAAUCGACGAAGGAGAACCAGAAUUCGGUCAAGAAUACAGCCUCCGAAUCAAGCUAUGAUUCUUCCCAAAAGUCAACAGGGAAAAUCAUCGUCUGCUAUUUCUCCAUACCACAAGACAUGAACACGUCGCAAGGGCUCAUUCCGUCGCACGUUGACCCUCAUAUUUGUACGCAUAUUAUCGUGGGUUUUGCAAGGGUUUUAAAUUGCUCUCUCAACUUGGGCGAGUACUCAUGGGUUUAUAGACAAAUCGCCAAUCUUAAAAGCCAUGAGCCCAAUCUCAAGGUGAUGGUCAGUGCUGGCGGAAUAAACGAGCUCAAGUCUGGAUUCCCAGAAAUGACAAAGACACAUGCUAAUAGGAAAAUUUUUAUCAGAUCAGUCCUAAAUAUCACAAAAACAUUCAAUCUUGAUGGACUCGAUCUGGAUUGGGAGUUUCCAGCUUGGCUGGGAUCAAAUGAUAACGAGAAGAUUCAUUUUAUUCAGCUACUUCAAGAAUUGAGAAAAGAAUUUAACAGAAGUGAUCAAAAGUUGCUUCUUACUGCUGCUGUUGCAGCUCCAGAAGCUAUUGUUGAUCAGAGUUAUAACGUUCCAGCAAUCGCUGAACACGUCGACUUCGUAAAUUUGAUGUCCUACGACUAUCAUUCCUAUGUCUGGUACUAUCCUGUGACUGGACUGAAUUCACCUCUCUUUUCUCGAUCAAUAGAAAAUGGAUAUUUGUCAACUCUAAACGUAAAUUAUUCCGCUAACUACUGGAUUUCCAAGGGAAUGCCCAAAGAGAAAAUAGUCAUUGGCAUUCCAACCUACGGUCAUUCCUACCAAUUAGAAAAUCCACUGAAUCAUGAUGUACAAGCUCCUGCAAAAGGAGUUGGCAGACUUGGCGAUGAUAGUUUUGUUCCCUACACCACUAUAUGCCAAUUUCUGCAAAGUGGUGCAGAGUCAACAUUUCUAAAUGAUAGUCGCGUACCUUAUGCUUACAAGAAUGAAGAGUGGAUUUCUUACGACGACGUUACGAGCGUCAUUGAAAAAGCAAAGUGGAUUAAGUCCAGCGAUUUUAAAGGUGCUAUGAUUUUAUCUUUAAAUUGUGACGACUGGAAUGCUACCUGUUCCAAGAAUGAAACGUUUCCGCUGAUUCGAGCCGUCAAGCUUGUCCUUAACUGAAAAGUAGAUAGCUUAAAUUAACUGUGAUUCAAAUUUCAAAGUAGCUACUCUGGUACAAAUAUUAUUUAUAUAAGGCGUUAUAGGCAGUAUUUCAUCUUCUGAAUUGAAUUGAAUUCAAUGCAAUUCAUUAAGUGUUGGAGGCAUUCCAGUUUGUAUUUACGCAUAAUUUGCAGCCAAAGAGUAAAAUAUUGCACUUAAAAGGCAUUUACAUUUAAAUAGGCAUAUACUAGUUAAAUUUUAUAAUCUAUAAAAAUUUGCAAUUAUUUGAUUUCAUUUGACUUUCUAUAUUUUAAAAUGUAAUAUUACCUGCAAUAUUAAUUUGAGAUAUUAAAGACAGUGAUUUUAACUAUUUAUGGAAGAGAGACGAAGAAAGAGAAAUAAUUCAGGACUGGGAACUUGAGAAAUAACGCAGGAAUCUUUGUUUCCCAUAAGUAAUUGUUAUGUACUUUUGUACGUAUAUUAAGUCCAUCACAGUAUUAUUUCAGAUACAUUGAACUUGACGAAUGAAAUAAAAUGUUUCGCCAUACAUUGAAAGAAAUAUAUACAAGCAUUACGAAAAAAAAUAAAAAAUUGUUCCUCAAA